AUGGGUACUAAUUUUGAGGCCCCAUACCAUCUCUCCCAACUAGCAUACCCUAUGCUCAAAGCAUCUGGACUCGGAAAUGUCAUCUUUAUUUCCGCUGUUGCUGGUGUCACGGGUCUACCUGCUAUCUCAGUCUAUGCAGCGUCUAAAGGUGCAAUCAAUCAACUUACAAAGAACUUGGCUUGUGAAUGGGCAGAGGACAACAUUCGCAUCAACACUGUUGCACCGGGGGGUGUCCGAACCACUAUUAUCAAACCAGAGAAUGUCGAAGAAUCCAUAGUGAAGAUGAUUGCGCCGAUGAUGACUCGAGUUCCUCUUCGUCCCAUUGCUGAACCUAAUGAGAUUUCAGGACUUGUGGCAUUCCUUUGCCUUCCAACAGCUUCAUACAUUACUGGGCAGGUUAUUGUUGUUGAUGGUGGACUUACAGCACGUUGUUACUAG